AUGAAUCUUGUAGUGGCAAAGCUGUUGUGCCUGCUAGCAGUAUUUGUACUGAUGAUGCUAGGUUCCCUUGGACCUGUCAAGCUAAUUGUGCCAGAUAUCGAGAGAGCUUCUCAUUCACAAAGGAUCCUUUCCUUGUGUAAUUCCUUUGCUGGAGGAGUAUUCCUGGCUACGUGCUUCAAUGCUCUGCUUCCUGCAGUGAGAGAAAAGUUUGAGGAAGUUCUAAAAAUGGGCAAUGUCAACACAGACUAUCCACUGGCAGAGACUAUUAUGCUAGUUGGAUUUUUCCUCACAGUCUUUGUGGAGCAAUUAAUCUUAACAUUCCGGAAAGAAAAACGUUCAUUCUAUGAUUUGGAAACCUUUAAUGUAGGAUCCGAUGCUGGUAGUGACUCUGAAUAUGAAAGCCCAUUUAUAUCCUCCAACCAGGACAACAACCAAUAUGAAAGAGGUCACAGCCACCACGCUCAUAGCCUAAAUAUCAGAGAGCUCUCCAGAUCUGGACCCCUUCGACUUGUCAGCUUGGUGUUUGCACUCUCUGCCCAUUCAGUUUUUGAAGGUUUGGCACUUGGUUUGCAGGAACAGGGGGAUAAGGUGCUGAACCUCUUCAUAGGUGUUGUAAUUCAUGAAACAUUAAUUGCUGUGGCAAUGGGGGUGAACAUGGCAAAAGUAAAAACUUCAAUGAGAGAUGCUGUGAAGAUGGCUGUUUUAGUGAGUAUAAUGAUUCCAAUAGGUAUCUCGAUUGGAAUGGCCAUUGAGAGUGCCCAGAACAUGGCGAGCAGUAUUACUUCAGCUCUUUUGCAAGGCAUUGCAGGGGGGACUUUCCUCUUUGUUACCUUUUUUGAAAUUUUAGUGAAAGAGCUUGAGGAUAAAUAUGAUCGUUUACUGAAAGUACUUUUCUUGGUUCUUGGAUAUGCUGUUUUAGCAAUAUUAGUCUUCUUUAAAUGGUAG